AUGGCGAUCCAACCUCCUCCAAUUUCCCUUUUCCCUUCUCGUUCUCAUUCUCUCCUUAACAACAACAGCAGGGACUUAUUCAAAUCCGUUCAAGGAAAUGAUAUCCCCAUGUACCAACCAGUCGUCGAUUGCGAUCCCGUUCCCGCCAAGACCACCUCCGUUACCAUUACUAACAACAACUCGGAAAUUGGACUCACUUCCAGGCAUAUCGUGAUGAAUCCCCCACUCGCCUCUAGGAAGAGUCACUACAGGUGCAGGGACCCUUCCGCUGAGUUAAUCGGCUCUUACAAGGGGGUCUCUCAUCAGAAGACCAAAUUCUCCGGCCUCUCGUCCUCAACGGGCAACAAAGACAUCAUCAGCUUAGAGACUCAACAAGAGCCAUCCCAAUUCCGCCGCUUCAUCGUUGAACCGACGCUGAGAAUGAGGAUAGAAUUAGAAGAGAGGCAGAGGAGGCAAUCUAGAAUGAUGGUGGAAGCGAUACAGGAAGGGAUUGUGAAGCGAUUGAGGGAGAAAGACGACGAGAUUCAGAGGCUGGGGAAGCGGAACUGUGAUCUCCAAGAGAAAGUCAGAAGCCUGUGUGUCGAGAAUCAAAUUUGGAGGAGUGUGGCGCAGACCAAUGAGGCAACGGCGAAUUUGCUUCGGAGCAAUCUGGAACAGGUCCUGGAGCAUGUUGGCAAGCACAAGCUGCAGGGGAACAAGGGAGGCGAGACCGUUGCGAUAUUGGCUGACGCUGAGUCGAGCUGUGGGAGUAACGACCAGGGAGUCGAGGAAGAGUUGAAGCUAAAGGUGGCGGUGAAGGAAAAGGGUUUUGUUGGGGCGAAUGAUAUAUAA